UCAUCUUUCUUGGUUCUUCCUGAAAUUGUUUCUUUGCACUGGGUAUCAUCUUUCUUGGUUCUUCCUGAAGUGGUUUCUUUGCAUUGGGUAUCAUCUUUCUUGGUUCUUCCUGAAGUGGUUUCUUUGCAUUGGGUAUCAUCUUUCUUGGUAACAUCUACCAUGUCUUCAAGGGUCAACUCCCCUCUGAGAUCUAGAGCUCCAGUCACACCGUCCUGUAAACGGUGGAUCCCUUGGGUUUCUUGGGGUCAGAGACCAGAUCCCGCCAACUACCCCCCACCCUGCUUUCUGCUCAGACCCUAAGCUGGAGGGGACACCCAGCAGAUCAGUUUGUUGAGUGUAGAGAUGAAUGAGUAACUGCAUUGAUGCCCAAGGCCCAGCUCAUGAGGACAAAGCUGAGCUCCCAUCUCAUCCUCUAGAGAGAGCCAACGACCACAGGAAGGACCUGCACUCAGGGCAUUUGUGUCCGGGCUUGGUGGGGGGCUGGAGUCGGGGGGGGAGAGAGACAAGUGGAGGGAAGGUGGGAGGCACGGAGGGAAGGAGUGGGGGAAGAGGGAGAGGAGCGAGAGCCCCCCUCACUUGCCUGAGGGUCCAUACCUCCGUCUCUGACUCCCCAGGAGUGCCAGGAGCCACAGGGCAGGGGAACCCAACGGUCCUGCCGAGCCCGGAUCACCUCACCAUGGACGAUUACUGCGAGAUGAAUCACUCCAGCACUGACGCUGUGGGGCUGGCUGAAGGAUCCCUCGAUGUUGGGCAUGUGACCCUCCGGUCCCUCACCGUGGUUGUGUCCCUUUGUGGACUGGCGGGAAAUGGAAUUGUGAUCUGGUUUGUCCGUCUGUCUCACAAGAAGACCUCCUUCCUCAUCUACAGCCUCAACCUGGCCAUCGCAGACUUCAUGAAUCUCAGCUUCCAGAUUCUGUUCUCUGUCCGCCAGAUCCUGAGGCCGCUCCUCCACCGCUGCGUUGGUCUUCAUGCCCUCUUCAUGGUCCUGAGGUGGUUCUUCUACCUCGCUGGCCUGAGCAUCAUGACCGCCAUCAGCUUCCAGUGCUGUCUGUCUGUCCUCUUCCCUAUCUGGUAUCGGUGUCAUUGCCCCAAGCACCUGUCGGCCAUCGUGAGCGCCCUCCUUUGGAUUCUGACCUUUUUGUUAAACACGCUGAGAGGUUAUGCCUGUGGUCAGUUAUUCACCAAGGAGAAAAAGUUCUGUGAUGGAUUUAAAACUGCCACCGCUGUGUUGGUCUUCCUUCAGUUCGCCAUCCUGGGCAUAUCCAGUCUGCUGUUGCUCCACCGAGUCCAGGGCAGCUCCCAGAAGCAUCAGCCCAGAAGGUUCUACCUGGUCCUCCUGCUCUCGUUCCUGGGCUUCCUCUUCGGCCUGCCCCUCAGUAUCAUCCGGUUCUACACAACUGAGAAAAAAAAUCACAUCUUCAAUGACAUCUGUGUCCUCUUGUGCUGCGUCAACAGCACGGCCAACCCUGCCGUUUACUUCUUCAUCGGGGGUCUUCAGAGGGAGCGGCCCACGGAGAGCCUCAAGGCAGUCCUUCAGAGAGCCCUGGAUGAGGAGACAGAGGAUGCAGAGGACCAGAAAGUGAUUCCAGCGGGCAAGAUGGAGAGCAUGGGCCUCUGAUGGGGGGGGGGGUCCCAGUGGAUCAGUGGCCCUGGGGGCACGGUCCCUACAGUCUCGUGGCAGUCACUAUGCCUCACCACCAGCAGGAUAGAGGUGCUCAAGUCAGCACCCCCAAAGAGCUCCCUUCCCAGCCUCCUUUCUGUGUAAAAACCGAGAGCAGAUCACCAGAAGUAGGUGUGUAUGUGCGUUAAGAAACCAAAUGCGCACAUUUCAGCCUUUUC